GCGUAUGCGUGACCUCUCAUUUCACCAAAGACAAUGGAUCGAUUUUUGCAAUUACUCAUCUUUCGCAAUCCGUAUUUUCGGAGCCGAACUUCCGUUCCCUCGUUUUAACCCCACCCGAAAUUCCACUAAACAAGCACGUUGAGCCGUGUAUACCACAACAUCUCCACUAUAAAUAGACAGCCAGUAGCUCUCCCAGAUCUCCCUCGUCAGGCAUACUCUCAAGCAACCAUGUCCACAUUCUCGAAAUCAAACUUCAAAACGUUACAUUACAACACUUUCCGCCCUCAAUACCCACCCAGUUUCUACUCGAUUCUUAGCAAGUAUGUGGCCAGACCAUUACCAUUGCAGACCACGAUUGAUCUCGGCUGUGGGACAGGAGUAGCCACGUACCCCUUGCUCAACAUCUCCAAGAAUGUGAUUGGAAUUGAUUUGUCUCCCUCCAUGAUCGAUACCGCCAAUUCGUUGAAAUCCUCUCGGGUGAAGGAGUUGGGAUACGCAGAUAGCUCGAUCCGGUUCAUCACUGGGGCCGUGGAGGAGUUUGUCGCCAAGGAUGAACACGUAGGACAAGUGGAUUUGAUCACAGCCGCGCAAUGUAUCCAUUGGUUUCAGGAUUACGACGCGUUCUUUGCCAAUGCUGCGAAAUUGUUGAGGCCCGGUGGUGUCUUGGCGUACUUCUACUAUAUCGACCCCAUAAUUGUUAACUUUUCCGGUUCUGGGAGUGACAAGGCUGAUGUGAUCAAGAAGGCUCAUGAUACGUACUUGAAAUACGCCUAUGACGACCCAAAGCUCAUGGGUCCUCAUUGGGAACAACCUGGACGCGACAUCCUCAAGCAUUUCUGUACCACUGUGAAUGACCACAUUCCGGGGUUGUAUGACGAUAUAACCAUCAACACAUUUAUUCCUAGUGCUGAAAAGCCAUACGCGGAUGAGCAGGUUGAUCUUGAUUUAAAGAAGACUGGGUUGAAGUUGCAAGGGUACGUUGACUAUUUAGGUACUUAUAGUGGAUUGCACAACUAUGUUGAGGCUACUGGCGAUACUACCUUCCUUGACCGGUUCUUGAGUGAAUUGGAGGAGGUUACUGGAUGGGAUAGAGAAACCACUACGGUUGAUUUGGUGUGGAAUACCGGAUACACUUUUAUUAGAAAGAAGUAGCGUUUGCAGAACAAUAUAUUGUCUUUGUAGCCUGAUUUGAUUUUUUUGUAGAAAACUACACCAGAGAAACUCAUCCGUAACUUGAAAGGUAUUAUGGAUUUCUGAGCUUACAACCAUAUCGGCAUGAGCCUACAGCUGUUGCUUUUUAAAGCCACGAGUUCAACAAUUUGACAAGAUAUGCAGGUUAGUCAACCUGCAGUAGUAGGUUCCUCAGUCCUACUACAAUACAAUCACUCGGGUAAGCUACUAGAUAUUACUGCAAACACACUUCAACACAUACACAGUUGUAGCAUUAGGUCAAAGGGCGAUAUAUUUGGCGGUCAGCUGUGGGCAAUAUUUUGGUAAAUGACCGCCGCAUAACUCCUGAUUAGGAAAAGGU